AACCAGAAGGUGAGUCCGACGAUGAGGCUAAUGAUGACGAAGAUGCUUUGUCUGAAAAUUCAGAAUCAGAUGAUGAGGAUGAGGUUGAGGAAGCGGAUAUAGAAAUGUUCAACCAUGACACUUACGAAGAACAGAUUCCAAAUGAAGAUGAAGUCUAUCCUGCAACUGAUGACUCUUCUGGUGAUGAAGAAGAACAAGCAGAGCGGUUGGUAAAAAGGAAUUUACCUGAGUGUGUGUUCAGCUUGAGGCAAAUAUUUUGCAGUGAAGGAAUUUACCUGAUGGCACAUAUAUUGUGCAAUAGAGAACCCAAUACAGAAGCGGAUGGUUAAAACCUUUUAUGAUGAACACACCUGUCAUCCGGUUGGGCAGUGUGAGCUACUAAGGAGUCCUGUGAUUGCUAACUUGUUUCUUGAUGACCUAAGAAGAGACCCUGAGAUGAGUGCUCCUGAAAUCAAAGAUGAGAUGAAAAGGAGGUACAACAUCAUCAUUACACCUUCACAGGCACAAUCCGCAAGAAAGAGGGCAUUUAACAAGAUGCAAGUUGAAUGCAAUGCCCAAUUUUCAAGACUUAGAGAUUAUGAGUAUCAACUCACCAAGACAAUGCCUGGUUCAACAGUGGAGAUCAACACGAAGACUAGAGAUGAUGGUUUGGAUGAAUUUUAUCAGAUAUACAUAUGCUUCGAGCCAUUGAGGUCAUCAUGGAAGAAGAAUUGCAGACCAAUUAUCGGGUUGGAUGGGACAUUCUUGAAGUAUAAUAUCCAAGGCACAUUGCUUACCGCAGUUGGAAGGGAUCCUAACAAUCAGAUUUAUCCUAUAGCUUGGGCGGUUGUAUCAGGCGAGAACCAUGACAACUGGGAGUUGUUUAUUCACAAGCUGAAGGUAUAUUUGGAUUUGGGGGAUGGUGAAAAACAUGAUUUCUGACAUGCACCGAAGCAUUAUUCAUGGUAUGGCAAUGGAGUUACCAAAGGCAGAACACCGAGCUUGUGCUAGACACAUCUACGCAAACCUUAAAAAGGAUCACAAAUCUGACACAUUGAAGCCACUGUUUUGGAGAGUAGCUAGCAGUUACAAUGAAGCUGAUUUCAGGAGUAACUUGGCUGUAUUCAGAGAGAUGGAUCCGAGGGCUUGUGAUGAUCUGCUGAAGAAAGAUCAUCGUAAAUGGUGCAAGGCUUUCUUUAGGACUGCUUCAAGCUGUGGUGACACACACAACAAUCACACAGAGUCCUACAAUAGGACAUUGAAGAAAGCAAGGAGAAAACUAUUUGUGGAGAUGUUGGAGCUGAUAAGAAGAGAUGCAAUGCAAAGGAUUGCAACCCGGUUUAAGAUAGCUAAGAAGGAGACUGCAAAGUACACUAAGAAAGCAAGGAAAGAGGUGGAGAAGUCAUGUGAUGAGGCUCAGAACUGUUAUUCUCUUUCAAGCACAGGUGGGAAAUAUGAGAUUGUGGAGUUUGGUAAUGGAUUCGGUGUGUCAUUGUCUAGGAGGGAGUGUGCAUGUAGGAAGUGGGAUUUAACAGGAAUUCCUUGCCGUCAUGCGGUUUGUGCAAUCAGAGAGAAUUGUCAAGAGGUUGAGGACUACAUUUCUGAUUACUACUUGACAGAGAAAUGGAGAGACAAUUACCGUAGAGGUUUGUCUCCGGUAAAUGGAACUAAGUUUUGGGAGGAGGUAGGAGGAAGACGAAUAUAUGGACCUCCUUAUAAGCGACCUCCAGGAAGACCUAAGGGAAAAGCAAGGAUCAAAGGUGUACAUGAAUCACCAACUAAGAAUAAUAAGUAUAAGGUUGGUAGAAAAGGAAGAAUAGCCCAUUGUAGUUUAUGUGGUGGGGCUGGACAUAAUUCAAGAAAAUGUCCUCAAGAGUCUGACGAGAGUCGGGCAAAGAGAAGGAGGCUUAAUGAAGAAGCUCGAAGUGCAGCUGAACUUCAAGCACAGGAUGAAGCAGAAAUGGAACUUGCCAUGAUAGCUCAAGAGGAAGUUGCACUAAUGGAAGCUGGAAUCUCGGCUCAAGGGAAAGCAGAAGUCCAAGAUGUUUCUUCGACUGCACCAUAA